AUGCUCUUCGCCGAGGCUGAUACGCCUCUCCUCAAAGCUUGGAUCGUCAAGCGUCUGGCUAACACGUCCGACGCAGACGCCGAUGUACUCGCAGACUAUGUCCUAGCCCUGCUGCGACAUGAUGGCGAGCUCGAGGUCAUUCGCCAGCUUUUCGAAGAAGAAAUCCCCGAUUUCCUCAGAGAGGAUGCCGCUGCUUUCACAGAUGAUGUGUUCCAGGCUGUACAGUACCGAUCCUAUCUGCCAGGAGCCCCUCCUCCUCCACCGAUUUCCCGACAACAACUGAGUGCACUGCCGCCUGUAGCGCCGGCACAGAACGUCCCUCGACUCGACGUCCAACCACCGUUUCCCACGUAUGCUCAGCCACCCACAGGCCCUGCUCUUGGACCCGGCGGCUCCCGAAAACGCUCGUACAAUGAUCGCGACGAUAAAGACGUGGAUAUCAUCUUGACGAGUCAGAGCCCGUAUGGAGGCCCGCAGCCGUUCAAGCAGCCUCGUAGAGGAGGUGGCUUUUCCCAGCGUGGGGCCAUAUUUGACAGGUUCGACGACCCGUACGACGCAAAGAACUUACGAGGAGGCCACAAUCCAUACGGAGCACCUCACGGUCCAGCCGGAUAUGCGCCACCUCAGUCUUACUCGCCAUCCCCCCAUGGUUCGAGCCUGCCCCCCCUCGACGCCAAUAGCCUUAUGGAGAACAUUCAGCGACUCCAGCAGCUAGGCAUCCCGAUACCUCAGAUUCCGCAAUUACCUGAGCUUCCUAAACCAGUCUAUUCGGGGUCAACCAUCGCUCCGUCUCCUCGCAGGAGAAAACAGCGUUGCAGAGACUAUGACACCAAGGGGUUUUGCCAGAGGGGUAACAACUGCAUAUUCCAGCAUGGAACCGAGUCACUUCACAUCCCUCCCUUUAGACCUCCGGCUGGUGAUGAAUAUGACCCGGCCAGCGCGUCUUUGCCACCGAUGCCCAGUUUCAGCAAUUUGCCGGCUGCGCCAGAAUUACCGCCCUUGGACAAGUCGGCUUUCGAGGCUAUUCCUCCCGCUACUCGUCGCGAGCCUAAGAAGCCGAGACGUAUGAAAGGUCGAGCGCCGUUCGCCAUGAACGGUCCUAUGCACGACCGUUCCAAGACAGUCAUCGCGGUUCAGAACAUCCCUGCGGAGAACUACAGCGAGGAUCAGAUCCGUGCAUACUUCUCUCAGUUCGGCACCAUUGCGAAUAUCUCGAUGCAGGAGUACAAUCGUCUUGCUACCAUCAAGUUUGACACGUGGGAAGAGGCAAACGCUGCUUGGAGUUCGCCAAAGGUCAUCUUUGACAACCGGUUCGUCAAGGUGUUCUGGUACAAAGACAAGGCUGAAGCUGGAACUGCGCCUAGUGGGAAGCCUGCUGGCGCCCUGAAGAAUGGUUCCGCAAAUGGCCAUGCUGCGACUAGCGAUACCGCUUCUGCCGAGCCGGAGUUCGAUAUGGAAGAGUUCAACCGGAAGCAGGAAGAAGCGCAAAAAACCCACCAGGAGAAAAUGCAGAAGCGACAAGAGAUUGAGCGCCAACGUCAAGAGCUUGAGGAUCGUGAAAAGGAACUCCGUGCUCGUCAGAUAGAGGCGAAACGCAAACUCCAGGCGAAGCUUGCGGCGAACGGGUCAAGAAAUGGAUCUUCGCCACCUGCCGAGAUAUUGCCGGACAGCACCAACAAGAAACCAAGUUCACAGACCGAGGCUCUGCGCGCCCAGCUGGCAGCGCUUCAGGAUGAGGCAAACCAGCUAGGGAUCGAUCCGGAUGCUGCUCGAGAUGAAUAUUCAUCGUGGGCACCGAGAGGUCGAGGCAGAGGGAGAGGUCCUCGUGGAAGUGGUUCCUUCCCUCCUAGAGCCGCACGUGGUGGCUAUGGAUACCGUGGCAGAGGCGGUGGUGUUCAAGCUCGGCAUUCGGCUUAUGCAGCGUAUUCCUUGGACAACCGACCGAAGAUUGUUGCGCUGUCCGGAGUGGAUUUCACUGUUCCGGAGAACGAUGAAGCGCUGCGGCAGUAUCUUUUCGGUAUCGGAGAGUUCAAAGAUAUACAUGCUGAUCCUACGACGACUCAUGUCUCAUUCAAGGACCGCAAGACGGCUGAAAAGUUCAUGUUUGGAAUAUCCGCGCAUGAUUCAAUUCCUGGAGUUGGAGAGAAGGUUGAACCCGCGUGGCCCACGAGUGCGCCGGACUCCGAGACAACUACAACUGCUGAUGGCGACUUCCUCAUGGCUAGUGGUCUAGAGGACGAACAAGCAGCCCGCAAGGCUAGUAUUGCUGGUAGUAGUGCCACCGCAGGACUAGAAGAGGGCGAGGCGCGCGAUACCAUGGACCAUGGUGACAUGGAUUAUGAAGCAGGUGAAGACUGGGGUAUCUCAUGA